UCGGUGAGGAAAAGGACAGCCAAAAACAGAAAAAAGUAGCGGUCCACUUACCUUUUGCCAUAGCCCCCAUUAUUCUAGAAUUCCUUCAUUCCUUACUUGCACUGCGCAUUUCUUCUGAAUUUCCUGCCUUUCAUCUUCACUUCAUUUCCCACUCAAUCUCAGGUCAAUCUAAAGUAUGGCAGACGAAGACAUUCAGCCUCUUGUUGUUGAUAAUGGUACUGGAAUGGUUAAGGCUGGGUUUGCUGGAGAUGAUGCUCCUAGGGCUGUCUUCCCUAGUAUUGUUGGACGGCCUAGACACACAGGUGUCAUGGUGGGGAUGGGACAGAAAGAUGCCUAUGUGGGGGAUGAGGCUCAGUCUAAAAGAGGUAUUCUCACAUUGAAAUACCCUAUUGAACAUGGUAUUGUUAGCAACUGGGAUGACAUGGAAAAGAUCUGGCAUCACACUUUCUACAAUGAACUUCGUGUUGCUCCUGAAGAACACCCUGUGCUUCUUACUGAAGCACCUCUCAAUCCUAAGGCCAACAGGGAGAAAAUGACGCAGAUAAUGUUUGAAACGUUUAAUGUUCCUGCCAUGUAUGUUGCAAUUCAGGCAGUUCUAUCCCUUUAUGCUAGUGGGCGUACUACAGGUAUUGUGCUGGAUUCUGGGGAUGGAGUCAGUCACACUGUUCCAAUCUAUGAAGGUUAUGCACUUCCCCAUGCCAUCCUCAGGCUUGACCUUGCUGGACGAGAUUUAACAGAUGCUUUGAUGAAGAUCCUGACAGAGAGGGGUUACUCAUUCACCACAACUGCUGAACGAGAAAUUGUACGCGACAUCAAGGAGAAACUUGCUUAUGUGGCACUCGACUUCGAGCAGGAGCUUGAAACUGCAAAAAGCAGCUCAUCAAUUGAGAAAAGUUAUGAGCUACCUGAUGGCCAGGUAAUAACCAUUGGAACAGAGCGUUUCCGUUGUCCUGAGGUCUUAUUUCAACCAUCGCUUAUUGGAAUGGAAGCUCCUGGAAUUCAUGAGACCACUUAUAACUCCAUCAUGAAAUGUGAUGUUGAUAUUAGAAAGGACUUGUACGGUAACAUAGUGCUUAGUGGUGGAUCCACCAUGUUUCCUGGUAUUGCUGAUAGAAUGAGCAAGGAAAUCACAGCUCUUGCACCAAGUAGCAUGAAGAUUAAGGUGGUAGCACCCCCAGAGAGAAAAUAUAGUGUCUGGAUUGGUGGGUCUAUUUUAGCUUCUCUUAGUACAUUCCAGCAGAUGUGGAUAUCAAAAGCGGAGUAUGACGAAUCUGGGCCUGCCAUUGUUCAUAGGAAGUGCUUCUAGAUAUGAGCUUGUGUUCUUUUGCUGUUACCUUGUGCAUUUUAUGGUUUGGCUUGGUUUUCGUUUUGUUUUGUUUGUUUUUUUAUUUUCGUCCAUCGUGAAUGUAUGAGAUAUGGUUUAUAAGUAUUGUUAUAUGCUAGCAUGCUUUGUAGUGUUUACAUAUAAUUAUUUUAUCCUAUAAUGAUAGGAAUGUUGCUUGGUUUUAACAA